AUGCAUUCCACCAUCGUCGAACAACCUGAAAGAGAGCUAGCGCGCUUUCUGCUAGUCGGCGUCGGCCCUCACGCGAAGCGCAUCUACAUUCCACACCUCAAGACACUAGAAGCGGAGGGCCGAGCAAAGCUCGUCUGCGCCGUCGACAUCGAGCAAAAUACGGAACAAAUCACGGAGCUCCGCAACAAGGUCUUCCCCGGGACAGAACUCUUCUUCGUCCCUUUCUUCUCCGGGCCCAUGCCAAGCAACGUCUCGGUCAUGUUGAAGAACCUGGCGGUGCGUCUCAGGAUCGACUGUGUGGUCAUCUCGACGGAACCUCUGGCCCACAAGGCCUACGGUUUGUGGGCCAUUAGCCAGGGUCUGCACGUUAUCAUGGACAAGCCUAUUUCCACCAGAAAGGAGACCGUAUACAACUUGGAUCAGGCGUUGGGGAUUGCGGACGACUACGAAGACUUGUUGAACGCAUAUAACGAGCUCCAGAAGCGCAAGCGCACGUUUUUCCUCAUCACCAGCCAUCGCAGGUAUCAUCCUGGCAUGUACCGCACCUUCGACAUGAUCCAGGAAAUCACCGAGAAGUCCGGCGCACCGGUCACAAACAUCAUCUCCACCCACUGCGACGGUAUGUGGCGGCUGCCGACGGAAAUCAUUGACCAGAAGUACCACACGUUCAACAACGGCUACGGUAAAGUAUCGCACAGCGGCUACCAUUUCCUCGACAUGGCGUACCGAUAUGUAAAGGCUGGUUGGACGGCAGACAAGAAACCCGACAGGAUCGAGGUCGUGACCAGCUUUAUGACACCGGCUGGGUUUCUGAAGACGUUCAACCACAACGAUUACAUGAACGCAUUUGGACGCAAGGAAUACGGCGAUUCAUGCAAGUACGCGGAUUGCUACAUCGAAAAGCUCUCACCCACGCUUGGGGAGAUCGACGCCGCUCUUCAGAUCUCCUUCAUCCAAGACAAUGAGCCGAUAUGCCUCGCGCAGGUUAAUCUCCAGCACAACGGCUUUACUCGUCGUAGCUGGGUCACCCCGGGGCAAGAUCUCUACAAAGGCAUCGGUCGGGUCAAGCACGAAUUCCACGAAAUAAAAUCCGGCCCUAUGCAGACAAUCGUCAUCGACUCGCGGCAAGCCAACGACAAGCACGAUCGAUCCAAGCCCAGCACCGCCAAGAUUGGUACCGACAAUCACUUCGAGGUCCACGUCUUCCGCAACUGUGACCUCCUUGAUGAGCCAGAGCCGCUGGUCAGCUACUCUGUCGCCGACCUCGACCGCCAUUACAAUUCCAAGCUUCCCGGGAUCUACUCGGAGAACGUCAAGCGAGGAAUCCUAUGGGAGGCCUUGGACUUCAUUGAGGGUAAGAAGCCUUUCGAGGACUUGUUGUCCAACUUGGAGGACCACAGUGUUCCAGCAAACGUCAUGAGUGCUGUCUACGUAUCGCAUAUUCGACGCACCCAGGGACUUAAUCCGGUGGUUAACAUAGACCUGACGUAUGAUGGCGUUGUGGGGCCCAAUCGUGGCUCCGCAAGAGCAAGCAUCCCGCGCGAUGGGCCUGCCCUUACCCACACGUCGACUACCCCGAAUGGCGGUAACAUUUCGGAGACAGCGUUUGGAAAUGGAGACAAAACAAAGAGCGCAAACGGAGUCUCGAACAGCAAAACCGGCCUCGAUCAACGUGCCGACAGCGACAAAACCGCAGCCGCGCUCCUCGAAAAGCUCAAUGGGACUAGCCCGCUUCCGCCCCGGCAGAUCUCGGCAGAGGUUAAAGGUUGA